CUCAGACGCGGCGCUCCGCCCGCCGCCCCCCGCCAGUCCUCAGGUAAAGGGGCGGAAAGCGCGGGAUUGACUGCCUGCCUGCCUGCCUGCUUGACUGCCGCUAUCACCCUGAGCGUCAGCCACUCUGCCAUCCAGAGUGAGAGCGACAGAGUCCGAGCGAGCGUGGAGCGAGCGUGGCACACAGAGUGCUGCGUGCUCCUGAAACAUGGCGGAAGCUCACCAGGCUGUCGCCUUCCAGUUCACGGUCACUCCGGAUGGCAUCGACCUGCGACUCAGUCAUGAAGCUCUGAAACAGAUCUACCUCUCUGGCCUCCACUCGUGGAAGAAGAAGUUCAUCCGAUUCAAGAAUGGAAUCAUCACGGGCGUGUACCCUGCCAGCCCCACCAGCUGGCUCGUCGUGGUGGUGGGCGUCAUGUCGACUACAUAUGCUCAAGUCGACCCCUCGCUGGGCUUGAUCGCAAGAAUCAAUCAGACGCUCGACACAACCGGGUGCCUGUCCAGCAAGACGCGGAGUGUCGUGAGCGGCCUCCUGUUUGGCACCGGACUGUGGGUGACCCUGAUGCUGACCAUGCGCUACUCCCUGAAGAUGCUGCUCUCCUACCACGGCUGGAUGUUCUCGGAGCAUGGAAAACUGUCCAAGGCCACCAAGGUUUGGAUGGGGAUGGUCAAGCUUUUCUCGGGCCGGAAGCCCAUGCUCUACAGCUUCCAGACCUCUCUGCCCCGCCUGCCUGUCCCCGCUGUGAAGGACACUGUGAACAGGUACCUGGAAUCCGUUCGGCCACUUAUGAAUGAAGAAAAUUUCAAAAGAAUGGACAGUCUUGCCAAAGAUUUUGCAAUCAGUCUGGGACCCAAGCUGCAGUGGUAUCUGAAGCUGAAGUCCUGGUGGGCCACCAAUUAUGUCAGCGACUGGUGGGAAGAAUACAUCUACCUCCGGGGGCGUGGACCCAUUAUGGUCAAUAGCAACUACUUUGCCAUGGACUUGCUGUAUGUCACCCCGACACACCUGCAGGCUGCCAGAGCUGGCAAUGCCAUCCACGCCAUCCUGCUCUACCGGAAGAAGCUGGACCGUGAGGAAAUCAAGCCCAUUUUUCUGUUGGGAUCCACUGUUCCGCUCUGCUCAGCGCAAUGGGAGCGGAUGUUCAACACGUCCCGCAUUCCAGGAGAGGAGACAGAUGUUAUCCAGCACGUGAAGGACAGCAAACAUAUUGUGGUGUACCAUAGGGGGAGAUACUUCAAAGUGGGGCUCUACCACGAUGGGAGACUGUUGAAACCCCGAGAAAUUGAGCAGCAGAUGGAGAGAAUACUUGAUGACCCUUCUGAGCCUCAGGCUGGAGAAGAGAAAUUAGCUGCCCUCACAGCUGGGGAACGAGUGCCAUGGGCGAGGGCUCGGCAGACAUACUUUGGACGAGGAAAGAACAAGCUGUCCCUCGAAGCGGUGGAGAAAGCGGCGUUCUUUGUGACUCUGGAUGACACAGAGCAGGGAUACAAGAAAGCGGACCCCGUGAUGUCAUUGGACAGCUAUGCCAAAUCCCUCCUGCACGGGAAAUGUUACGACAGGUGGUUUGACAAAACGUUCACAUUUGUUGUUUUCAAAAAUGGUAAAAUGGGCCUGAACACGGAACACGCUUGGGCCGACGCCCCAAUCGUCGGGCACCUGUGGGAGUACGUUUUGGCUACCGACUGCUUCGACCUGAGCUAUGCCGAAGACGGGCACUGUAAAGGGGACAUCAACCCCAACGUCCCGGGUCCCACCAGGCUCCAGUGGGAGAUCCCUGAGGAGUGUCAAGAAGUCAUCGAGAAGUCCCUGAACUUGGCAUCCACCUUGGCCAACGAUGUGGAUUUCCACUCCUUCCCCUUUGAGGAUUUCGGGAAGGGGCUAAUCAAGAAGAGCCGGACCAGCCCCGACGCCUUUGUGCAGCUCGCCCUCCAGCUGGCUCAUUACAGGGACAUGGGCAAGUUCUGCCUGACAUACGAAGCCUCGAUGACGCGACUCUUCAGGGAAGGCCGGACGGAAACCGUGCGGUCCUGCACCACCGAGUCCUGCACCUUCGUGCAGGCCAUGGCGGACCCAUCCCAGACGGUGGAAAAGAAGCUGAAGCUCUUCAAGCUCGCAGCGGAAAAGCACCAGCUUUCCUAUCGCCUGGCUAUGACUGGCGCCGGCAUCGACCGCCAUCUCUUCUGCCUCUACGUGGUCUCCAAGUACCUGGCCGUGGAGUCUCCUUUUCUAAAGGAGGUUCUGUCUGAACCGUGGAGGCUGUCGACGAGCCAGACACCCCAGCAGCAGGUGGAGCUGUUCGAUCUGGAGAAACACCCUGAGUAUGUGUCCAGUGGCGGGGGCUUCGGACCGGUGGCCGACGAUGGCUAUGGGGUGUCAUACAUCAUCGUGGGAGAGAAGCUUAUCAACUUCCAUGUCUCGUCCAAGUUCUCCAGCCCCGAGACGGAUUCUCAUCGAUUUGGAAAACACAUCAAGCAAGCAAUGAUUGACAUCAUCACUCUUUUCAACCUCAGUCGAAACGCCAAAAAGUAAUUCGGGGAGUCCGGGGGCCGCGGAGGCCCGGGAUGGGAACUCUUCUGAUAAACCCAAACAAAGAUGGCCGUCUGAUCGCUCCGUCCCUCCCUCCCUCCUUCCCUUUCUCCCUUCCACCCACCCCUCACCAAGAGUCAGACUUUCUUUUUUGGGGGCUUUGAUCAGAAGGAUUCCAUUUCCACAGAGGAUCCGUCGUCCCUUUUUAGAGCGCACAGUACAAUAGCCGCGUGUGAAAAUGUGCAGUUUUGCAUUUUCUAGGUCUGUCUUAAUUUCAUGACUUUCUGAUCAUUUUUAUGCUAAAAUCACUGAGUCCGCUUGUAUUUAAUAAAUGAAGGGAUCAUGACUAGUAUUCCAUUUAACCAAGUGUAAACAGAGGAGUUUUGACUACCUGUAUGUUGGGAGCAGAACAUCAUGCAGUGUAUUUCUCCAGUGGCGACUGUAUACCUGGUACUUAACGGGCAUUUUUAUCGAGCAGUCUGUGUAAAGUUUUCCUUUUCUAAACAAACUUCAUUUCUUUCCGUUGACAAGGUGAGCGUGGAGCCAGCGUCGGCCUGGGCAUGGCCCAGGCGGCAGAGCCGCGCUCUGGGAAUGAGCGGCCCGGAGACCCGUCUCUGCCCUCUGUGAAAGGGGGUGCGACCUAGCCGAGGUGUGGUUUCCACGGGAAUGGACGGGGCCUGUGUGGGUGACCCAGCACCAUAAAGCAAGAACGGUCCCGGUGGAGUGGGGGGGUGUUGCCAAGCGUCGGAGGUCGCCGAUCACUUCCGAUCACCGCUUCUCCGGAAGGCCGCACCCCCGUGAUUUUGUGCUCAGUUUCCUGAGCGUUUACCGGCCCGUCAUGCUUUGUCCCGGUGGGACCAGUCACCCGGGUCGGGGCUGCAGAGGACCACUGGUGCCUGUUGGGCACGCUGAUGACCACUCCUCUGGGGCCUCGGGUCGUGGGCCAAGCUCAAACCAGGGGCGGGGUGGGGGUGGAGGAGGGCGGAAGGCGGGGGAGACAGCGAAAAAAAUGUCCUCGGAGUGGGUCCGGACAGUCGUGGACACUUGUCAGGGCCUUGACCUGCAGGGUCCCACUGGGGAGAGAAAAAAAUCCCCGGCCCGGGGCUUUGUGGCGUGGUAUGGAGAAAAUAAGGAAUCAUCAAGGUGGGCAUGGUGGAGCGGGGCAGGGCCAGGAUGGGGUGAUGUCCCUGAGAGGACCUAAGGGGGUGAGGGAGCACGUGCUGGCUGAGCCCAGACUCUCCCUCAGCCUCGCCCCGGGGACAAGUUGAUCAACCAGAAGCGGCUGCAGUCUUGGGGCAUUUGGCUCCAGUCUGGCAAGCUCGGUUGGUUUCAGAGUCCCAACUACCUAUGUAACCCUGGCUAGGGAUUGGGCCUGAGACCCCCGCCGAUUUGGGGGACCCACUGGCCUCCCGGGGCCCCCGCGGGAGGCAUCGGAUGAUUAUUUCUCUCUAAAAAAGCCUCUCGAGUAGCGGGGAAGCGAAGAGGAACCAAGGAACCACCAGAAGGGGAGGGCUGGCCCUCCGGCCUCCUGACCGGACCACCUGACUGCCCGGGCAAGCGGAACCCUGCGGUGGGGCUUACACCCGCAGGGGAGCUGGGGGUGGGGAGGGGCGGGCGCUAGGCUGUGGGAAUGAAUGACUCAGGUUUCAGAUGUAAUUAAUCAGAGCAGCUAUCAAUGCAAUCUCACCUUUCUUCAAAGGAUGUCAACCUAAUUGGCACAGGAAGAGUUUUUUUAUUUUACAUGUUGCAAAGGGCAGUGAGUGCUUGUGUAUUUAAUUUUUAUUUGGCACGGAUCCUAAGUUCUUAUUGGAGCUAGGAGUUGGAAUUCACUGAGAGCUUGGAAUGACCAUUGCAUGUAAAUAUAAUAAACUCUUGGAUGUAAAUCUUGGAAAUGCAAACUGAAGGUCAGUUUUCAGUAAUAAAGAAAUUAAUGUCAACCUUCCUCUUCA